UAUGUUUUCUGUGUCCCUUCUUUUUUCUUUUCCUUCAAAAUCUAAUAAAUAAAUAUCAAAUUUUCAACUUUCUUUUUAAUUGUUUUUGGGUGUCAAUUAUUUUUCAAAUUUUAUGUGUACUUAGAUUUCUGGUUAUUUAUUCAGUUGAUUACGAUGAUGGGGGCAAGAAAGUUGGAGUGUUUUGUGUAACUUCAACAAAUAAACGAACUUUCUGGGAUGUAUAUUGUUUAUGGUGGUGAUAGUGAAAAAGAUCUGAAACAACAAAGGUGAAAAUUAUGGGAGCAUGUGUUUCAACUCAACAAGGUUGUGUUGGUGGAAGGUUUAACUCCUCAAAGAAGAAAUCAAGGAAAAGAAGAAGAAUUGGAUUGAGGAGAAGAGUUUCUUCUAAGUUUUCAUCAUUGGAUAAUAAUAAUAAUAACAACAACAACAAGGUUGAUUUCUCAAGUUUGCCUCAACAUUCCUUUGCAAAUCCCACUUUUCAAGCAUUAAGUAUUGAAGAGGCAUGGUUUGAUUCAGUUGCUGUAUUUGAUUCUGAUUGUGAUGAUGAUUACCAAAGUGUUCCUGAUGAUGUUGUAUCUCUGAAUGGACUUGAAGGUGGAUCUAUUUCAAGCUUUCCAUCUGCAAGAGAUGCUACCAACCAUAGAAUUUCGACUGAUCAGCUGCAUAAACCGAAUAUCUCCGAGGCUGCAAGAAGUUCAGACGUUCAACAUUUUGGUGUAGAUGUCGUUGAUUCUCGAAGUAAAUGCGAUGGAAAUAUAAUUGAAGUAAAUAAUGAGCCUGUGUUUCUUGACGACAUAUCCUCGGUCGAUGCAAAUUCAAAUAAGGACGAAGGAGUUUUGGAUAAUUGUUUGCCAUGUCUUGCAUCUACAAUUCCUUCUAUUGAAAAGAGAAGAUCUUCAUGUUCAAGUCCUCCUAAUGCAAGGAAGAAAGCUCCUUCAAAAAUUUCCUUUAAAUGGAAGGAAGGGCACCUGAACGCUACUCGAUUUUCUUCAAAGACACUUCUACAAAGACCAAUUGCAGGUUCUCAAGUACCCUUUUGUCCAAUUGACAAGAAAAUGCUUGAUUGUUGGUCACAUAUUGAUCCAGGAUCUUUCAAAGUCCGAAGCGUAAAUUAUUUUAAGGAUAGGAAGAAGGACUUUGCUCCUAACUAUUCUGCAUAUUAUCCAUUUGGAGUUGAUGUUUUCUUAUCUCCGCGAAAAGUAGAUCAUAUAGCUCGGUUUGUCGAACUUCCUUCUGUUAGUUCAUCCGGCAAGUUUCCAACUAUUCUUGUUGUAAAUGUUCAGAUUCCUCUCUAUCCAACAACACUUUUUCAAGGCGAAACUGAUGGCGAAGGAACGAGCUUUGUUUUGUAUUUUAAACUUUCGGAAAGCUAUGCCAAGGAACUUCCUCUUCAUUUUCAAGAAAACAUGAGAAAGUUGAUGGAUGAUGAAGUUGAAAAGGUAAAGGGUUUUCCUGUCGACACAAUUGUACCGUUCCGAGAACGGUUGAAAAUACUCGGCCGUGUCGUCAAUAUAGAAGAUCUUCAUUUGAGUGCAGCUGAAAGGAAACUUAUGCAGGCUUACAAUGAGAAACCUGUUCUUUCCCGUCCCCAACACGAGUUUUACUCGGGAGAAAACUACUUUGAAAUUGAUAUAGAUAUGCAUAGAUUCAGUUACAUCUCAAGGAAAGGGUUUGAAGCAUUCUUGGACAGAUUAAAAAUAUGCACUCUUGAUAUUGGACUUACAAUUCAGGGGAACAAAGCUGAGGAGUUGCCAGAGCAAUUGUUGUGUUGUAUUAGGUUAAAUGGCAUUGACUACUUGAAUUAUCAACAACUAGGAUUAACUCAAUAUCCCUUCUAAUAAUAUUAUAAUGGCAAAAGCAUUUGCAUAUCUUGGAAUUAAUGAUUAAUAAUGGUAAUUUUAAAAUGAGUUUUCAAUU